UUCCCCUUCGCGCCAUGAGCUGCGCUGAUUCUACGACGGGGCCCGGCCCUGGCCCCGGCUGCAGCCUCCUCUUGCCUUUGCUGGAGACCCUCGAGGACGCGGCAGCUUCGCCGGGGGCGCUGACGGACGCCCUGCUGGCCCUCACCAAUCGUCUAACGGGUGAGGAAGGAAAAGAGUUUGCGGCAGAAGUUGGAAAGCACUUUCCACAGCUCUACAAGAUAUUUAAGAUACAUAUAUCUACUGAAAACUCAGACUUGAGCAGUGCAGCCUUACAAGCAUUAGGAUUCUGUGUAUUUAAUACAAAGAUUGCUUCUCAGUUAUGCGGAACAGAAGUACAAGAGUUGCUUUCAAUAGUGAGCAGUGUUGCUGUAAAGACAUCUGACAAGAACAUUCGCACUAGAGCACUUUGGGUAAUCUCUAAGCAGUCCUUUCCUCCAGAAGUUGUUGGAGAAAUGGUGCCCAGUAUUGUUACAGUGCUAGAGACAAUACUUAAUAAAGGAGACUUACAUUCAAUGGUGGUUGAAUAUGAAGUCCUGAAUGUUAUUAUACGGCUCAUAGAACAGGCUCCAUCCUGCAUGGAGGAACAAGCUGUCAGAUGGGCCAAGCUCAUAAUUCCUUUGGUUGUCCAUACGGCGCAUAAAGUACAGUUAAGAGGUGCUACUGCAUUGGAGAUGGGGAUUCCACUUUUACUUCAGAAGCAGCAGGAAGUAGCAGCAGUCACUGAAGAACUCAUGACUACUAAAGUAAUUCCAGAACUUCAGAAACUGUUUUCAUCAAAAAAUGAUACAUAUGUUUUGAAACUGUGGCCUUUGUUUGUUAAGCUCCUUGGGAAAGCCCUGCAUCGAAGUGGAAGCUUUAUCAACUCAUUGCUGCAGUUAGAAGAACUUGGCUUUCGAAGUGGGUCGCCGGUGGUAAAAAAAAUCGCUUUCAUUGCAUGGAAGAGUCUGAUAGAUAACUUUGCUCUAAAUCCAGAAAUUUUAUGCAGCGCAAAGAGGCUGAAAUUGCUAAUGCAACCGUUAAACUCCAUUCAUGUGAGGACUGAAGCUCUGGCACUGACCAAGCUGGAGGUGUGGUGGUAUCUGCUGAUGAGGCUGGGGCCUCAACUCCCAGCCCACUUUGAACAGGUUUGUGUGCCAUUAAUUCAGAGCACUUUAGGAUUGGAUGCAUCUCUGCUACAAGGGAAUUCUUCACGGCUAGCCGCUAACCAGAGUUUAGCGACACCGUCUUCUGCACAGAAAUCAGGAGCGUUUCCUUUCGGGACCCCUGCUACUCCAAGAAUGGCCCUGAAUUCCAGCACAGGCGGGGGAGGUGCACUGAGUCCUGCCAUUCAGCUGUUAGGAAUUGAAAUGCUGCUGCACUUCUUCCUAGGACCAGAAGUCUUGACUUUUGCUAAGGAAAACAAAGUGCAACUUAAUUUAGAACCUCUUCAGUAUUCAGUGAUCACUAGUCCUUCUUUUUUCUGUAAAUAUGCCAACGUAUUUAUGAAUGCAAUCCAGGAUGGCUUCAUUGCAGUUGGAAAAGAUGUUUCUGAUACUGUUCUGAAUGCUAUAUGGAAAGGGAUGAUUGGUUUUGUGAGAGCUGCAACUGAAUCAGGUAGCAAGAAAGAGCGGCAAAGUUCGGAAGUGCUCACUGCGUUGCUGCAAGCCUUAAAAAACAUUGUCACAUCAAAUGAGCUACCUGUGUUAAAGUCACUAUCCCUGGUAGAAAUCGCAAUUAAAGAAUUGCCUGCGAAAAUCCUGGGAUCACCAGCUUAUCAGGUUGCUAACAUGGAUCUCUUGAAUGGGACUCCAGCACUAUUCUUAAUUCAGCUUUCUUUCCGUAAAGAUGUGUUGGAAUGCUGUAUUCAAGAUGAAAGGUUUUUUUUGAACUAUGAAUCUCUUGUGAGUUCUGUAUUGUCUGGCCCUACGUCUCCUCUGGCUUUUAGUGAGUCUGUGUUAAUUGUUAUUAAUGAAAGUGCAAUGUACCUGGAAAACAAAGAGCAUCUUUGGAGAAUAUGGAGCAUUGUAGUUAACCCCCUGACUGAAUGGAUCAACCAGACGAAUGAAGUAAAUCAAGGUGAUGCUUUAGAACAUAAUUUCAGCGCCAUCUACAAUGUGCUGUUGCUUCCUGUAAGUCACAUUUUCCCAGCUUGUGAAUUUCCACAGCCCACAAUGAAAUCGUUGCUGCGCUCAUGGUCGGAGCUCUAUAAAACGUUUGCUCGUUGUGCAUCUCUUGUGGCUACUGCAGAAGAUAAUCUGUGCUGUGAAGAAUUGUGUACCAAAAUAAUAUCUGAAUUAGACAAAACACAAAUGAAUCAGUCCAUGCUGGAUGGUCUUUCGCACAUUACAUCAACCAUGGUUGAUUGCGUCAACUUUACACCUUAUGGUACUAAAUCUCAGCCAUCAAAUAAAUCCCCCCAGACACCUACAGACUGGGCAAAAAAGAAGAAAGAUCCUCUUGGCAAGUUAUCAUCGUUAAUCAGACUCGUGGCAAUACUGCUAAACUCAGCUCAUAUACUCUGGCCCACGGAAUCCAGUCCUGAAAAACUGGUCCCAGUUGCUGCUUCGCUUGUCAGUAUUCUUCAAAAUAUAAUUAGCCAUAUUUCUUUGCCUUCCGUCGUCAGAUCUGUAUUUGGAAUUAUUACAAAGCCACUUGCAGUAUUUUAUGAAAAAGCCAGGUUUGUCACUGGAUCUAAAACAAGCAAUGCUCUCAGCAACAAGCUUGAAAAAUUAUGGGUGGAAAUCAUUAACUGUUUGCAUCCCCACUAUACCGGAUCUUUUGACAGUGAGCUAUUGCAGGAGCUUUCUCCACUGCUGUGUAUAAUGUUCCUGAGUAAGAACAAGCAGAUAUGCAGUCAAGCUGCUCAGUUCUGGAACGGAACGUUUGGCAAAGCAACGAUGCUGACAUAUCCAGAAGAAUUAAAAUCCGUUUUGUGCCAAGCCAAACAAAAAGUUCUGCUCUUGUUGCCAGGCUUUGAAAGCACUGAAAUAAUGGGAGAAUCGAAUGGGACAUAUUCUGAUUCACAGUCAGAGAAUUCUCAGUGGAAUUCAAAGAUAAGUGGAAUAGAAGUAAAGUCUAGUGGGAAAAGAGAUUCCUUACUAGCACAGUCCAGUGAACGAAAAGAAAAAAAUACCAAUUGUCAUGUACCGCCUUCAAAGACAAAACUGGAAUUUUCACUGCCAAAAGCAAAUAGAAAAGAUGUGGUUUUGGAAGAGGAAAACACUGUUGACUUUGUGUUUAUUCCACCGGAAACAAAAAAGAGAGUGUUGACAGAGCACCAAAAAGAAGUUCUUCAAACAAAAAGAGUUGAUAUUCCUACCAUGUACAAUAAUCUGGAUGCGUCCCAAGAUACUGCUUUAUUUUCCCAGUACACACAAGACCAGGAAGCUUCUUUGGAAAAACCAACCUUGGUAGAUAUGAAGGAAGAAGAUGGGGAAGAAGAGGGCAAACAGAUAUCUGAGGCUGAAAAAGUGGCAAAUGAUCUGCUUGGCACUGAAAACUGCAAACCGAGUGUCCUUCUGGAGAAAGCAGAAUUUACAGCUAUCGGACAGCUUCAAGCCCCUGCAAAGCAUAGUCCAGAUCUAAACUGUGAGGAUUCAGAAUUGGGCACCUCUAAAACAGUUCCAGAGGAACUGUCAGCAUUAGAUCAGUCUGUCAAUGAAUGUGGCUCAGGUGUCAGCAGCAGCUCUUCUUCUAGUGACAUCAUUUCAGGAACACCACAGCCUGUAAGCAGAAGGCAGUCCUUCAUAACUUUGGAGAAGUUUGAUAGUUCAGAGAACAGACCUUUCAGCCCUUCAAAAUUCAACAAUGUGUCUAGACCAUCUGGAAGUACCCCUUCAUUAGAUGGUCAGGAAAGCAUGGAUCCAGUGUCUUCCAAAGAGAAGUCCAGUAAGAGUGCUUCCAAACUACAAAUGGAAGAAACAGUCACUAGGUCUAAGAGAUCAUGCCAAGAAAGCAUAGAUGCUUUGGAGACGUACCCUAAAGCCAAAAAAGCAAAGGAAGAAUCUAAGGCUGCUUCAAAAUUGCUAUCUGAGAGUACUAUUGGGAUAACAAAAUCAAGUCUCAGGCAGAACAAAAUAGAGCUUACAGAGGACAAAGGAGCAAAGCUGAUGGGAUCGGAGCAAGACAAAAACAUGGACGUAUCCACUUCCAAAGAUGAGGUAGAGAAAUGUGACUUGAUUGGGGAAACACAAGAGCAACAGUGUACGUUAGACACUCAGUCUCAAGCUUCUGAUUUGAAAAUAAUUGGAAGUACAACCAUGGAAAACAAACACGUUUUGGACAGUGUUGCAGAGAUUAAAGCAGGUCUGAACUUGGAUUCAAAAGAGAAUACUCCUCCAGAGGUGACUGUACCGGGAGAUGCAAUAUCUGUAGGUCAAACUCCACAAAUGCCACCUAAUCAAAAAAUAUUAAGGCGUUCUUUAAGACGAAAGCCAGAAACUACUGAAGGAUCUACAGACAGUCAUGACAAAGAGAACAGCCAACAGAAGAAGGACAGAAAUAAAGAUGAUGAAAGGCUUCUGCCAAAGAAGUCUUCACAAAAAGAAGAUUCCACAAACAAGCAGAAAUCUGUUCCUCAGAAGAACCUAGAUAUACAAGGAAGUGUAAAUAAAAAAGAAAGCCAUUCAAAUGGAAGCAGUGCCACAGAAGGUAUAAGUACGAAGGAAUCUCGUGCUUCCAAAAACCUUCUAGAGGAAAUUAACAUAAGUGCUAGAAAAUCUGAAGGCAGUAAUCCAACUGAAACGGAUGGCUUGCAAGAUCCCUGUGCAGAUACCACCCAUGAGAAACAAAAAGGGCUUCCAAGGUAUCAUACAAGAAGAGCUUCCCAAGGGCUGCUUUCCAGUAUAGAAAACUCUGAGUCUGACAACUCUGAGAUGAAAGAAGAAGGAACCAAGAAAAAAAGAUCAGGAAGAUGGAAAGUCACAAGCAAUUCUCUUGAAAGCCAAGUGAAGGAAGAGUUGGAAAGUCAAAGCCAGGAGCAUAAUUCGCAAGAAGCUGCAGAUGAAAUCCAGACCUCUUCAGUGGCAAAUAAAGACAUAAUAAACCAUGAGUGCAUGGAAAUAGCUUUGCCUUCAGAUAAAAAUGACGAGAAAGAGAAGAAUGUUCCUGCACCUAAUGACUGUUCGGGAGUUAAAGGAGCUAUGAAUGCUUCCAUUUGUGGUGACCACUCAGAUGCAGAACAAACUGUUGCAAAAGUGUUGGCAAAAUCAGCUUUGGGGUCAGCUUCAAAGUCAAAGCAGAUGAGUAGAGUUCUUGAUCAAGAAGAUUCUGUUCCACGAAGCCGCACAAGUGGUCUUACCGAGUUUUCAGGAGAUGCCUGCACUACUGUACCUAAUGGCUUUUCUGAAUCCAGAAAAGAUCCAGAAACACCUGAAUGCCUGGAUAAGAGAAGCAAGAGGUUGAGAAGAUCAAAGGGCUGCGAUUGCUGUGGUGAAAAGCCAACGGCACAGUUGGAGAAGUUGCCCGCAGAAGUGAAAAAAACAAGUAGUCCAGAAUCAAAGUCAAAAGAACCUAAGAAGACAUCAAGUAAAGCAGCAGUGCUUGUUUCAUGCCUUUCUGCUACAGAAGAAUCCCAUUCUGCAGAAAAGCUCUGUAUGGAGCCUUGUGCAACAAGCACACCUCGGAGUUUCAGUGGGGAUCCUGCUGACCUGGAAAAUUUGAGCGACAGCAUCGAGGCUACAGGGGAAUUGCUGGGCAAUUAUACUCCAGAAGAUGAGUCCAAAGAGUCAGCAGGCACCAAAAGUGAAAGUUUCAAAUCUGCUUUGGAAGCGGUGGAUUAUGUUGAUGGGUCUAGAGAAACUUCAGAGCUGAAUUCAAUAGAAUGCACUUCAAAGGAAUCCGUUGCCCCAUGUCUGGGUUCAGAAAGCAAAUCAGAGCCUGUCGUUGCAACGGAGGGAGCUGUUCAUCACAGUGGCCAACUAGAAGAUAGAAGUCCUAUGGAGGUGGAAGUGAACGAGGCUGAGAAAACAAAGUUCAGUGAACCAACAGCUGACAUUGUUCUGAAUGGUGUGAAGACAACUCUGGAAUGUUCUGUUGGUUCUCCUGCAGAAGCUCAAGAUACUGAUAUGGAUGAGGAGGAGAGCAUAGAAACCAAUCCACCUGCAGCACUGCCAGACCCUGAAACUUCAGCUUCGGUACAAGAUGAAGUCAAAGAAACUAGUAACAAUGAUUCUCCUCUUAAGUUGAAGGAAUUUAAUGACGAUGAAGGCACUUUGGCCAAGAUUAGUGAAAGCCCUAAUGGAGUACAGGCACGUUGUAUAUGGUCUCCGUCAGCUUCUCCUUCUACCAGUAUUUUAAAGAGAGGUGCAAAAAGACAGGAGGAAGAUGAUUCUCCAUCAUCUGCAAACAAGAGCCGGCGCGUUUCCUUUGCCAAUCCAAUCUAUCAAGAAGAAUUAGCAGAUGAUAUUGAUAGGCGAAGCCCUGCUGUUAGAACUCAUUCUUCAAAUGGGUCUCCAUCUUCCCGAAGCAUUAAACCUUCUUCUAAUCAUCAAGCCAAGCCUAUUACCACUCCAACCAAAGGAUCCCUUCCCCCAGGAUCUCGUAGCCAUAAAUAUAAGACCUCAAAGAAGUGUUUAAUCAGUGAAAUGGUCAAAGAAACUCUACCACCUCCGACAGAAAGCAUAUAUCCAGCACUGCAAGGUUGUAAGGCACCUAUUGACACCAUUUUGCCGCAGAUUACAUCAAAUAUUUGGGCAAGAGGCUUUGGGCAGCUCAUUCGAGCAAAGAACAUCCGAACCGUGGGUGACUUGAGUUCUCUGACAGCAGCCGAGAUAAAAACACUCCCCAUUCGUUCUCCCAAGGUCUCCAAUGUGAGAAGAGCUCUUAAAGGAUAUCAUGAACAACAGUUGAAAUAUCGUGGAUUUGAGGAAAUAGCUGUCCUGGAGGACCCAGAGAAGCCAGUCUGUAGCAGAGAUGAAAAACCCUUGUCUUCAGAUGAAGAGAAAGUUGCAGCAGACUUGAAUGGGCCCAUGUCUACCAGUGAAGAUGCACAGUCACCUACAGACCUUUGUUCCCAGAUCAGUGCGCUUGCUGCUCAGAUUACUUCGGAAAAUCUUCACAGCUAUUCAGGCAGUGAACUUUUUGAAAUGCAAGAGAAACUCUAUAACAUGACAAACUGUAUUAUGAAGAAUCUCCAAUCCCGUUGGAACUCACCACCCCAUGAAAGCACGGUUUAAUAAUUUGUACUUAAAAGCUAACUAUUUGGGGAAUGGAUCGUUAAAAAAUUUAGAUUUUAUCUAAAGUCCUGCAUUUUUAUUUGAGUUGGACUCUGUCAUGAGUUACUUUAGUGAAAUGGAUUUUUGUUUUUUGUAAAUUAAGACAAAGCAUCAAGGUGUAAAUCUUUUUUUUUUAAGUUCUGCAUGUUUACUAUUUAGAGGGGUUUUUUUUGCUGCAGUGCACAUAUUUCAAAAUAAUUUUGCUAAGAUGUGCAAUAGCAAAAACUGUGAAACUUAACCUAUAUAGUACCUUAAUUAUAUUUUUUCAGAUGUGUAUUUUUUUUAUUCCUGCGUAAAAGAUCAGAUCUCAUUGCUCUUGAAGUGUUAACUCUGACUUGCCAAAAGUAAUAAGAUCUCCCAGAUGCUGGUAUUUUGUCCAACACUGGCCUUCUAGGUUACCUUUCGUAUUAAGAUGUGCAGCGCUUAAUUUGGGCAGCUGCAUUUCCAAAUGCUUUUUCAUCAGUAAUUCUACAUAGUUCUAUUUUUGCAUGCAUUCCUUGUAUACAAAAGGGAAAGUAUAUUGUUAUGCAACCGAUGCAGUAUUCUCAGGAUCUAAGCACAUGUCCUUGGAAUUUUACAUGCAAAAGAACUUACCCUCUACUGCCACCCACUCUGGUCUCUCCAUUACUCUGGUGGCAAAUAGGUUGGACAUAGCUAACUUUGUAUAUUGUGUAUAGAUCUAACUAUUGCAGAUAUUAUAAAUUAUCUCUAUGUAAAGUGAAUGUCAGUCAUCUUGGGUGUGAGAAAUCUUGUUUGUAUACAGCACAGUGUUUUACCAGUAUGAACACAGAUAACAAUGGGAUCAAUUCAGCUCUUAGGAAUUUUAUAUAUAAAUAUAUAUAAAAAAUAAAACAAUGAACAGUUCUUUAAUUUGUAA